AUGACUUCCACACGUUGUGCAGUUUGCAAGUAUUUCAGACGAAGAUGUCCUUCCGAUUGUAUUUUCUCACCUUAUUUCCCUCCCAAUAAUCCUCAAAGAUUCACGUGCGUUCAUAGAAUCUAUGGUGCUAGCAACAUUGGGAAGAUGCUUGAGGAAUUACCCGUGGAAGAUCGAGCAACUGCGAUUGAGACAUUGUAUUAUGAAGCUAAGUGUAGAAUACAAGAUCCAGUGUACGGGUGUGUAGGAUUAAUUCCAUGGUUGCAACAAGAAUUAAAUAUCGCACAAAGCCAAUUAGCAAAAAUUCGAGCUGAAAUUGCUUUUCAUUAUGUUAAUACUGCAACAGCUGAGCCCAUACUGGACUCAGUUGAACAGUUGGUUCAACAAUAUGAUGUUGAUCACGGUCUAGAUGAACAUUCUUAUUCUUGGUUUUGGUAG